AAAAAAAAAACCCUAUGAUGUUUCGGUUGUUUCGUUAUUGUCUUCAUCUCUCUUUUAUUUUUUUCUUCUUUCCGUGGUCAUCUUUUCCCGCCAGAAUCAUGCCGGACGAAGGAGUAACUGUCAUAACCACCACCGAUAAACAUAACGUCACCGUCACGUGGCGAGAAUUCACUCGCUUUCUUGAUGCCGGAAAGGGUAGCCAGGUCAGUGGCAUAUCGGAGCUGAAGAAGUACUUUAACCAUUUUGGGUAUCUGUCGAUUCCUGGGAAUGACAGCUUCACGGAUGUCUUUGAUAACGAGUUGGAAUCUGCCGUCGUUCAGUACCAGCAAAAAUUAGGUUUGCAGGUGACGGGGAAACUUGACACUGAUACCAUAUCGACGAUCGUGUCCCCGAGAUGCGGUGUUUCGGAUUCCCCGUUGAAGAUGCACACUACGAAACAUUUUACGUACUUUGAGGGGACGCCAAGGUGGGAAAAACAACCGGCAAACCUAACGUACGCUUUCUCACCGAACAACAUGAUUAAUUACCUAAGUCUAUCGGAUAUCCGGGAGGUUUUCCAGCGUUCUUUUUCGCGGUGGGCGUCAGUGAUUCCGUUGAAUUUCACGGAGAUAAAUGACUAUGAAUCGGCGGACAUCAAAAUCGGGUUUUACGGCGGAGACCAUGGAGACGGGCAGCCGUUUGACGGGGUGCUGGGGGUUUUAGCCCAUGCCUUUUCUCCCGACAACGGAAAGUUCCACCUCGACGCAGCAGAAACGUGGUCCAUUGAUUUUGGCAAGGAGAAGUCAAACGAGGCCAUCGAUUUGGAAUCGGUGGCGACUCAUGAGAUCGGGCAUGUUCUGGGGUUGGGUCAUACCCCGGUGAAGGAAGCCGUGAUGUACCCGAAUUUGAGUCCACGGAUGAAGAAGGUGGACCUAAAGAUAGAUGACGUGGAGGGAAUUCAACAGUUAUAUGGGGCAAACCCGAACUUCAAGAUGAGUUCUUUGUCGGAAUCGGAAAAUUCCUCCAACAUGGGGGUUGGUCUGAAAUUCACCAGCCCAUCAAAGUGGCCUAGUUUGUUGGUUGUGGUAGUCUUGAUUCUUCUGUUAUCAUGAGGCUUUUGUUUUUUUGUUCUUCUUUUUACAGGAGAUUUCUAAUUUUUUUUAAGGUGUAGAAAAACCAUCCACAGUAAAAAAGUAAAAGGGAAGUAGUGAAAGUCGCAAAGGAAUUGUUCAUUUUUUUUUUUAAAGGAAAGUGUAAUAUAGUUCAAGAAUUUUU